UCCCAUUGACGAUCAGGGAGCCCGCAGCGCCCGCAGCCAUGGCCAAGGAGCGGCCGGAGAAAGCCGAGGAGACCGAGCAGAUGAUAGAGAAGGAAGCCGCGAAAGAUGCGGCCGAGGCGGCAGCAGGAGCCGGGGACGGCCGGGACAUGAGAGCCGUGCUCCUCUCUGGGUUUGGAGGUCUCAACAAGCUGCGGGUGGCACGGAAAGUGAUGCCGGAGCCCCUGGAGGGCGAGCUGAAGAUCCGAGUGAAAGCCUGUGGUCUGAACUUCAUUGAUUUGAUGGUCCGGCAAGGAAACAUUGACAAUCCUCCGAAAACACCGCUGGUCCCUGGAUUCGAGCUGUCUGGGAUCGUUGAGGCUCUUGGAGCCAAUGUUACUGGCUUUGAGAUUGGGGACAGAGUUAUGGCAUUUGUCAACUACAAUGCAUGGGCAGAAGUGGCCUGCACCCCUGCAGAGUUUGUCUAUAAGAUCCCAGAUGAUAUGAGCUUCUCCGAAGCAGCUGCCUUCCCUAUGAACUUUGUCACAGCCUAUAUGAUGCUAUUUGAGGUGGCCAAUCUCCGAGAAGGAAUGUCCGUCCUUGUCCAUUCUGCUGGCGGAGGAGUGGGACAAGCAGUGGCACAGCUCUGCUCAACCCUUCCCAACGUCACAGUUUUUGGAACUGCUUCUGCUUUUAAACAUGAGGCCAUUAAAAACUCCGUCAAUCAUCUCUUUGACAGAAACGCAGAUUAUGUGCAGGAAGUAAAAAGAAUCUCACCUGAAGGUGUAGACAUCGUUCUUGACUGCCUAUGUGGGGAAAACACUGGAAAAGGCAUCAGCCUCCUGAAGCCGCUCGGAACGUAUAUUUUAUAUGGUUCAUCCAAUAUGGUUACUGGUGAAACAAAAAGCUUCUUCAGCUUUGCUAAAUCAUGGUGGCAGGUUGAAAAAGUCAAUCCCAUUAAGUUAUAUGAAGAGAAUAAAGUGAUGGCAGGCUUCUCCCUCCUGAAUUUACUCUUCAAGCAAGGACGAGCUGGAGUUAUACGAGGAGUGGUAGAUAAACUUCUCAGUUUGUUUAAUCAGAAGAAGAUCAAGCCCCUGGUGGAUUCAUUAUGGGCCUUGGAAGAAGUUAAGGAGGCAAUGCAAAGAAUCCAUGACAGAGGCAACAUUGGGAAACUUAUUUUAGAUGUGGAAAAGGCCCCAACUCCUCUGAUGGCCAAUGACAGUACAGAAAACAGCGAGGCAGGAGAGGAAGAAGAAGACCACGAGGGAGACACUGAAAAUAAGGAAAGGAUGCCAUUCAUUCAGUGAUAGUUCCUGUGGCCAGCAGCAGAUCUGAAAACUGGAAAGCGUUAUCCUGCACAUCAGAGAACAAACUUGCUGUAGUACAGUGUGUGUCGUAUUUGUCUGCAGCGAGCUGAGCUACUGUAUAAACUGUUGAACAAUGUUGUGUCUAACUUGGCAGUAACUAGACUUACUUGGCAGCUUUUAGUAGGGUAGUAUUGUUUCAAAAUGGUGCGUGAUACCUUAAAGUGGACCAGGCAUUGUGAUCUUAGUUAU